UAUUCUGAAGCCAACCCAUCCUCCCACCGGAGCUCUCCUUCAACUUCCAGCAACCGAAGAUGCCGUCCCACAAGACCUUCAUGAUAAAGAAGAAGCUGGUGAAGAAGCAGAGACAGAACAGGCCCAUCCCUUAUUGGAUCCGCAUGCGCACUGACAACACCAUCCGCUACAAUGCCAAGCGCCGCCACUGGCGCCGCACCAAGCUCAGCUUCUAA